AUGGCCUCUGAACACAUAUACGUGGUCGUAUAUCCGAAUGGAGAAAUUUCUCAUACUGCCGAAGGGGUGACAUUUAUGUGUGAUGACCCACUUUGGAUAAUGAUUCCCCCACAAUCAUCUUUGCAACAACUAAAAAAUCUGAUUUUGAUGAACACUGAGUUGGUUGGGAAAAAGGAGAUCAGUACCUUGAUUUACAAGAUGCCAGUUGCGGCAGCCACUUCAAGAUGUUGGGGUAGCUCAUCUAGUUUGAAUAACGUGGAGGAACUACGGAAUUUCGGUGCUGGUGAAGCCAUUCCCUUUCCGGAGAUUGGCAGGCCUCGUAGUCCUUCUUUUAACGCCUUCGUUGUGCCCACCCAGAAUGCAAAAAAUCCACAUGAACGUUCCUCCCUCACAACUCAUGUUGCAUUUUCGGAAGGUAAUGCAGACAGGUUGGCUGACUCGUCUGACGAAGACAAGAUUGAGGAUGAUAGCGGAGACGAAGCAGAAGUUGUUGCGGAAACCCAACCGCUUCAAGAAGAAACAUUUAUCCCAACUCAGGUCGAACCGAUAAAUGUCAUGGGGCUAGGCGGUGUUUCCAGCAACACUCCCGGCCACUAUCUGCAACUGAGUCUUAGUCCAAUGCACUCGACUACCGCGGAAGACAUACCGAGCAACUAUGCUUUGAUCAGUGAAAUGGAGCUGGAGAUUGGAUUGAAAUUCCUGAAUAAAGAAACAACGAUGCUUGUGGUUAAAAACUACAGUAUUCGUAGAAGUGCAGAAUUGAAAGCGGUAGAGUUAGAUCAUACUCGGUAUGUAUGUCGAUGCAAACUUUUUGGUGAGCAGUAUCGCUGGAUGGUAAGGGUUGCAAAGACGAGGGCUUCCAGAUUUUGGAAAAUCCGAAAAUUCCAAGGGACUCACAGUUGUUUGGCAUUUGCGACGUUGCAAGAUCAUGUUCAACUUGAUUCAAAUGUCAUAUUCCAGCACAUAUUCCCCAUGGUUCAGGUAGACGCGACUAUUUGCAUAAAGAUGUUGCAGGGUUCUGUGGAGUCAGUGUACGGAUAUAAGGCAUCUUACAAGAAGGUUUAG